GAGACUGCUGUGGGCUUUGACGUCACGUGCUCCUUUCUGUUGCUACAGCAACCCAUUUCCCUAAGCCCUUUUUCUACCUCUCCUCUGCUUGACUCCACAAUGGUACAGCCAGCAUCUCCCCGCACAAUGGUUCCAAGGCGGUGAGCGAAGAGUGAUUCAGCAUCGCAGUCUCCGUUUUAGACCCCUUUUAAUUAGUGGGUGCUUCCUUGUUUUUACAGUCGUAAACUCAAAUUCCGCCUCACUGAGGUCUGCAAAUGUCGACCGUCGGGAUGUUUUGAACAGGACUGUCACCGGACUGGGAUUGUGGUCAGCUGGCACGGAAUGGUAUUUAUGAACAGGCACUUCCUAUACAACUGCAGUGAACCCAUCCUGGAUGUGAAGAUUGCCUUUUGUCAGGUGUGUGUUCCGUACAGGUUAAAAGGGCUUUGGUAAACAAGUGGAUGUGUCAUACAUCGGUAAACAUUACAACAUGAGCAAAAGCAAAGUGGACAACCAGUUCUACAGUGUGGAAGUGGGAGACUCCACCUUCUCAGUCCUCAAACGCUACCAGAAUCUAAAACCCAUCGGCUCCGGGGCUCAGGGAAUAGUGUGUGCUGGUUAUGACGCCGUCCUGGACAGAAAUGUGGCUAUCAAGAAGCUCAGCAGACCCUUCCAGAACCAGACACACGCCAAACGGGCUUACCGGGAACUGGUGCUUAUGAAAUGUGUCAAUCACAAAAACAUAAUCAGCUUAUUAAAUGUCUUCACACCACAGAAAUCUUUAGAGGAUUUUCAGGAUGUGUACCUCUGUAUGGAGUUGAUGGAUGCCAACCUGUGCCAGGUGAUUCAGAUGGAACUCGACCAUGAGAGAAUGUCAUACCUGCUCUACCAGAUGUUAUGUGGCAUCAAGCACCUUCACUCAGCUGGCAUCAUACACAGGGACCUGAAACCUAGCAAUAUAGUAGUGAAGUCUGACUGCACACUGAAGAUUCUGGACUUUGGGCUGGCAAGGACCGCGGGCACGAGCUUUAUGAUGACGCCCUAUGUGGUGACGCGUUACUACAGAGCACCAGAGGUCAUCCUGGGUAUGGGCUACAAAGAGAACGUGGAUAUUUGGUCAGUAGGGUGCAUUAUGGGAGAAAUGGUGCGCCACAAAAUCCUCUUCCCUGGUCGGGACUACAUCGACCAAUGGAACAAGGUGAUUGAGCAGCUGGGCACGCCAUUACCCGAGUUCAUGAAGAAGCUGCAGCCCACAGUGCGUAACUAUGUGGAGAACCGGCCCAAAUACGCUGGCCUCACCUUCCCCAAGCUCUUCCCUGACUGCCUGUUCCCCGCCGACUCUGAGCACAACAAACUCAAAGCUAGCCAGGCUCGAGACCUGCUGUCUAAGAUGCUGAUUAUUGAUCCUUCCAAGCGGAUAUCAGUGGAUGAAGCCUUACAGCACCCCUACAUCAAUGUGUGGUACGACCCAUCUGAGGUGGAGGCAGGGCGAGAUCUCUUCCAAAUAUCAGUGCCCCCACCAGCUAUCUAUGACAAGCAGCUGGAUGAACGAGAACACUCCAUUGAUGAAUGGAAAGAGCUCAUCUACAAGGAGGUGAUGAACUAUGAGGAGAGAUUGAAGAAUGGCGUGGUGAAGGGACAGCCCUCUCCUUCAGGUGCAGCCGUGAACGGCAGCGAGAGCCUCCCACCCUCAUCCUCCGUCAACGACAUCUCCUCCAUGUCCACCGACCAGACCCUCGCCUCCGACACCGACAGCAGCCUGGAGACCUCCGCAGGACCCCUCGGGUGUUGCAGGUGACUAGCAGCCUGCCUGCGCAACCCCAUGUUCUUCAGAAGGUGAAGUGCAACCACGUCAAAAACAACAACAAGAAGAAAAACAAAAAACGGAAAAAAGAGCAACAACAUCAUCAUCUCGCCGACAACAAUUAGUGCUGACGAAAAAUAAACGAAGAAUUAGAAAUUAAGAAACAAAAAAAGAUACAAAUGCCAAGCUUGCAUUUUUCCUUCUAAAGUAUAAAUAAUGUUUAAUGUAAUGAAACAGAACAAGCUGAUAUGUAUAUUGAUGAACCCUGUAGUUGCUUUGCUUUCUCUCUCCCACCUUCACCCUUAUAUGGCAUCCAAUGAAAAAACCCACCCAAUGCUAAUGCUAACCCUAAGCAUCUCUCUGUAAAGUGUACAUUUACUGGCUGAUAACUGAUACCUUGCAAGCUUCUGUGCUUCACUUCGAUGUGGCAAGGUGGGCCUUUUUGCGUUCAUGACUACUGUACUAUAUUCUAGACCUCCACUCCUUUUCCCCCUGUGAUGGUAAUGCCAAUCUGUGACCCCCACCUAGGGGCUUGGCCAGGUUGAUGUGCUUGUGUGUGACUCCUGUUGGGGUGGGCUACCUGCUGAAGGACUCCCCCUUGUCUUCUUGUAUAUAUGUAACUCUGUACAGCAGUAGGAUACUCUUGUGUGGGACUGAUGGCCAGUAUUGGAAAUGUUUUUUUGCGCACCUUGCCACAUCACCGCUUUGACCUUAGUUGCCCUUGCCUGUAGUCUUGCAUGAUUGGGGGGAAAACUGAGCUCAUUAUAACUAUGUAGAGACACCCUUUGUUUAUAUAGCCUGUACGUAAUGGAGCCUUUUGGAGCCGUGAGGCAGGAAUGUGUGUGUGUGGUGGGUGAACUUCACUUCAGAUGGGUGAUGGGAGACGGGCUCCGGAGAAUGCUGGAAGCGUGCGUGUUGCGGUCACCUUGCGGAGUUUGGUUCCUGGUGGUUUGGUGGCUCUCUGCUUGUGAUUGGUAACUCCUGCUGGCAUUAAUGCACCCUACUGGCCAAACAUGGCCUUGCAUGUCAUUGCAUUGUCACCCCCCCAAAAAGGGCAGUCACUCCAGUUUCAGUGUCACAUUAACAGGAAAUAAGGACAGGAAGAUAAAUGUGUGGUCACCUUUCUCGCGUGAGUGUGUGUGUGUGUGUGUGUGUGUGUGUGUGUGUGUGUGUGUGUGUGUGUGUGUGUGUGUGUGUGUGUGUGUGUGUGUGUGUGUGUGUGUGUGCAUGAGUACAGUCGGGCCAGACAGAGAGUGCAGGGUGGUGAAAUAUUUACCUCAUCUUUCAACCUCUGAUGACUACAGCUAUCCAUUUCAUUUCUUUUCAUCGUGCGCGUGCGUUCCUUAAUGGUUCCAUCUCAUUGCGUGGUGUGCUUCGCUGAUCGAGGCACCCCACUGGACUGACUACCUAAAGAGGAGAGGCUCGAGCUUCUCGGCAGGACUUUCGUUUGUUUUUAUUGAUCUGCUAUUAACUCCUCAAGACUGAACCUGAGUUUGGGAAGUGCCUUUGAGAUGACACAGUUUCCUCAAUCUAUAAGCUAAACAGCAGUAGGGACUGCGUGGGGUGGCGUGGCGUGGCGUGGCAUGGCGUGAGUGAGAGUGAGAGUGAGAGCGAGAGUGAGAGUGA